GCCUUGAUUCUGAGUCCCAUUUUCAAAACUUUUUGUUUUUCUCAGAAUCACAGAACAACUUAUGGUCGUUGACUGUUUAGCUAUUCCUCAAUUUAUUCAUUUCUAUUUUUCUUUACAAGCAUUUGAGAAUUCUGCGAAUAUCUUGGUUAUAAAACUAUUAUGCAUGUAAUGGUGCAGGACUGUCUUCAAUUGUUGAACAACCUUCUCCGAACUAAUGCAUCUAAUCAGAUACUACUGAGAGAGACUAUGGGAUUUGACCCCGUAAUAUCAAUUCUGAAGCUACGGGGAAGUACUUACAGUUUCACCCAACAAAAGACAAUUAAUCUACUCAGUGCAUUAGAAACCAUUAAUUUGUUAAUGAUGGGAGGUACAGAGGCUGAUCCUGGAAAAGAUGCAAAUAAGCUAACAAAUAAAGCAACACUGGUUCAGAAAAAAGUAUUGGAUCAUCUUCUUUUGUUGGGUGUUGAAAGCCAGUGGGCACCAGUAGCUGUCCGUUGCGAGUCUGAAGAGGAUCUUGCUCUGAAGCAACAAUUGGAGCUGUAUGUGGAGAGAGUUCAGGAUGCUGACCCUAACUUACAGAAGGUUGCGCUUGAGAGCAUGAGGCAGGAAAUCCGAACCUCUACAAGCUCCAUGACUUCGGUCCCAAAGCCAUUGAAAUUUCUGCGUCCACAGUAUGGAACAUUAAAGGCAUUUUAUGAAACCAUGGGGAACUCGGAAUUGAAGAAGUACCUCGCUGAUAUACUCUCCGUUCUGGCUCUCACCAUGUCUGCUGAGGGAGAAAGGGAGAGCUUAAAAUAUAGAUUGGAGGAUUCAGGAAGUGAUAUUGGCUCAUGGGGCCAUGAAUAUGUGAGGAACUUAGCUGGAGAAAUUUCACAGGAAUAUGCUAAGCGACAGAGCGAAGAAGUUCCAAUCAAGGAUCUUAUGGAGCUUGUUCAACAAAUAGUUGCUUUUCACAUGAAGCACAAUGCCGAGCCUGAAGCUGUUGAUCUUCUAAUGGAGGUUGAAGACCUUGAUCUUUUAAUAGAGCAUGUUGACAGCACGAAUUUCCGAAGGACAUGUCUCUAUCUGACUAGUUCGGCUAGAUACCUCCCUGGACCUGAUGACAUGUUGGUUCUAGAUACAGCCUACAUGAUUUAUUUAAAAUUUGAGGAGUAUCCAAAUGCACUUCAGAUUGCCCUAUUUCUGGAUAACAUGUAUGUGAAGCAAGUUUUUACUUCCUGUAAUGAUCAGCUGAGAAAGAAGCAAUUCUGUUACAUCCUUGCUCGCCAUAGAGUGGGUUUGAUUUUGUAUUCUUUAUGA